AAAAGAGGUUUAUUUACAUGCGCAAACAUGUGCGUUAAUGGCUGCCUCUACAGUCAAGCUGAAUAUUUCCAGGAGCAAAUAAAUGCCGAUUAUGUAAACAGCUAUAAUUUACAUUUGUUGUUUUUAUUGUUUUGUUUUUUUUUCUCCUUCUCUCUGGCUGCUGCUCCUAUAAAUGUCUGAGAUAUCAAACCAGCAGAGCCUGAGUAAGUUUCUGUCAUAACUGUUCCAAAGUGCGUCCAGCCUUCUCACGCAUAUGAAACUCUGUCCUCGCCCUCCCCCUUCUUUAACUAUAAGGCAGGCCAGAGAGCCCCACAAACUUUCACUACAGCUCUGCAGAGACACUCCGGUUCUCCGCUGCUCUGCUUCGCUCUUUCUUUUUUCUUUUCUUUUUUUUCCUUUUUUCUUUUUUUUCUUUUUGCAGCCCUGCAGUCUCUCCUGAACCUCCGCAGCCUUUGGAGUUAAAAGCUGCCAACCCCUCAAUUUGAUUAACUUCCUGCUCAAAAGUGGAGAGAAAAAGAGAGAGGGGGGAAAAGGAAGAAAUCUUUCUGCUCUAAAAAAGGCUCUCUGAGGAGCAGCGGGCAACUCCUCGUCUCUGCAUAGCUUCCUAAAACUUUUUUUUGUUGUUGUUGCGUCAGAUUGUCGCGCAACGUUUUUAAAACUUUUUUUGUUGUUGUUGCGUUAAAAACUCAAACUGUGCGCCGGUUAACAACACCAGAAUCCAUGCAUGGUACGGAUGGUACAAGUUUUUACGCACAUCGCCGACUCUUCCCCUGAUCCCUGCAGCCACCGAGCUUGGAGACACUGUACGCUGUGAGACAUCCAGGGGUUCAUGUACUGGAAAAAUGAAGUUUUGUCCCCUCUCUCAGAGGGAAAUAAGAUUCUGUCCGAAGGAAUCCCAACGAAGCAGGUGAUCUCUACCGAGCAUCAGAGUACACCGGGAGCCUCGCGCUGCAGUGUGGACUCUAAACACACACCAAUGUCUCACUCGGACGGAGAGUCCCAGCGGUCCAACAUGGAGCGGGAGGACACUCGCUCGUCUCCCAGCACUCCGUCCACUCCCUCCGUGUGCUCGCCGACCUCCACCACCAGCUCGGUUCCGUCCACCGGGAAGAACCUGUGCGCCAGCUGCGGUCUGGAGAUCCUGGACAGAUACUUGCUCAAGGUGAACAACCUGAUCUGGCACGUGCGCUGUCUGGAGUGCUCAGUGUGCAGGACGUCGCUGCGUCAACACAGCAGCUGCUACAUCAAGAACAAAGAGAUCUUCUGUAAAAUGGAUUAUUUCAGUAGGUUUGGUACUAAGUGUGCCCGCUGUGGGCGGCAGAUAUACGCCAGCGACUGGGUGCGCCGCGCCAGGGGAAAUGCGUACCACUUGGCGUGCUUCGCCUGCUACUCGUGCAAGAGGCAGCUGUCCACGGGAGAGGAGUUCGGUUUGGUGGAGGACAAGGUCUUGUGCAGGAUCCACUACGACACCAUGGUGGAGAACCUCAAACGAGCAGCUGAGAGCGGCAACGGCAUCACAUUAGAAGGCGCAGUUCCAACAGAACAAGACAGUCAACCCAAACCGGCCAAAAGGGCGCGGACGUCCUUCACCGCGGAACAGCUACAAAUCAUGCAGGCGCAGUUUGCUCAGGACAACAACCCAGAUGCCCAGACGCUACAGAAGCUAGCCGACAUGACCGGCCUGAGCAGGAGAGUUAUACAGGUGUGGUUUCAAAACUGCAGAGCAAGACAUAAAAAGCACACGCCCCAGCACAGUGGGGCUUCCCAAGGUCACCCUCAGUCCAGGAUCCCCUCGUCGCUGCCCGAUGAGCUGCAUUACUCCCCCUUUGGCAGUCCCGAGCGAGCGCGCAUGGUGGCCCUGCACGGCUACAUCGACAGUCAUCCGUUCUCCGUCCUGACCUCUCAGAGCCUCCCUCACCAGGCCAUGUCGCUGCCCCAGCUCCCCCUCAGCCGCUAGUCCCUCACCUCGACCCCUCGCGACCUCCCCCCUCCUCCUCCUCCCCCUCCCCUAACCUCCGGACCCUCACCCUUGAUCUCCCAUCUGCGGCCGACCCGACUCGAAAGGUUCAGGCAGGAGUCAACUCGGAGAAAAAGACUAAUCUUACAGGAGCCCUGCCCACUUGGAAACAGAAAAGAGACAAAAAAAACUGAGAUACAUCUGUCGUUGUGUUCUUUUCUUUCUGGGGACAGGAAUAUCUCACCUGCAGCCAGUUUCUCAGAAAUGAUUGUGAAGCGUUUAUCAUUAGCAGGAACUCACAGACUGUGAUUUUACACCACCUGACGGACCCAUUUUUGCUUCACGUGUACAGCGUCGCUCUGCUCUUCUUGCCCGCCUUCUCGCUCGAAGGUGACGGGAGUUUUUAAAGGGAUCAAACAGACCGAGGAAGCAGGACUGAAGCUUCUCGAGUGCCGUCAGAAUACUGAAGAUAAAAUUAAAAGGGGGACCCGUCAUUGCGGCCCGAGGGCCAGGCGCACACACACUAGACCACAGUAGAGGUAAGACUCCUCCCUCUUUUCUCUCUAAGCAACCAUGAAGGAAACCUAAAUGUAAACAAAAUACUUUGAUUGUUGAGAUUUUUUUUUUUUUUUUCCCGGAAUGACAUUUUGACUGUAUGACAUCUCAAAAAAACAGAAACUUCCCACUUUGAUUUUAUGGUAAAAUGAUCCAGAAUUCGAUUUUUGUUGAAGAAUAAAAACAUUAUGUGCCUUAUCUUGUAUUAUUAAUAGAAAUUAAAUGGAUUAUUAUACAUUAAACAAUGAUUUGGGUGUUUUUAAAUGGAAAUACAGAUGGAGAAAUUCAACGUAUAAUUCCAAAAUCGCUAAACAGAUUUUGCAGUUUAUCAUGAAGUAAAACCACAAAACUCAACAUUGGAGCUCGUGUAUUAAUAAAUAACAGCUCUAACAUUAGAAUCAGGUGUGAACAGAACGGAGGGAAGUCUGAGAUGAGCAUACUAGUCAAUCUGACAUGUUACAUAUUUUCACAUUUCCAAACAGGUGUAUUGUCACUAAUUUAUAAUUUAUAAGGUUGCCUGUUGGGAAAAUGGAGUUUUGGUACAAUACGGACAAUAUAAAACUAGACUGGGUUUGUACAUAGUAAGACGUAUGUGUGUGUGUGUUUCCGUGUGCGUGCGUAUGUGUGUGUAUUGGCAGGGGUAGAGAGUGUGCAUCUGUAUUUUAGUGCCAUGGCCAUUGUGUGAAGAACAGGAUCCAACAAGACCUCAAUGUCCUUGUAUUUAUUGAGAUGGUUAAAUCCCUGUAAAGCACUUUUUUCCCCCCUCCUCUUCUGAAAUUGUUUUGUUUUGUUAAAAAAACAUGAAAUGAAACAAAA